AUGCAUACAACUAAGCACUUCAAGGAACCUGAGCAAUUCAAUAGGUCCAUUUUUGACAGACUCAGGCCCCACCCAGUAGACUAUCUGUUAGAGAAGUUUUUCAAUGACAUGCAAAACAAGAAGCUGAACGUCGAAGUGCACACAGAGCGUGCGCAUAAGACAAUGGUGAUGUUAGAGAAGCGUUACCGCAACUCAAACAAGAAACCCAUACACUUUCAACUCCUCAAAGUACAAAGGUACCAAACACUUAUGUACUUCGGACAACAAACACAGGUGAAUGCUUUAAUCAGAGCAGACAAGUAA